UACCAGUUUAUAAAAACAGGCCAUCACACCUCUAAUUGUCAUCAGACAUGAGGAAUCAUCAGAUCGUCGUGUCUGUCCUUGUGGGCGUUCUCUGCAAUACUUUGCAACUCAGUGUGCAAUUAGACAGCAGUGCCUUCCUGAUCUACAACAAGGAUCACCAAAAAUGUGUGGCGAUUGUAGAUCCGGACCUAAUCCAGGCCAGUGACUGUGACCCAUCUACAGACAGGCAACGUUUCCGAUGGAUUUCGGGUUCUCGGAUUUUAAGCAUCUCACACAAUAUGUGCCUUGGAGUCAACAGCGUUAAAGGUUGGGAUCAGGCAGGUCUUCUCCCCUGCGAUGAGCUCAGUCCUAUGCAAAAAUGGGAGUGCAGGAGUGAGGAUCGGUUUGCUAUCAAGCAUCGGCAAUUGCAUCUGAAUUACCGUGACGACGACGCCCCCAACAUACGGCUGGAGUCGGGCACGGGUUCCAGGAGCCACUGGGUAAUAUAUGGAGAUGAGGAUGAUCUGUGCUCUCAUGGAUACCAAGAGAUUUUCACCAUCGAUGGCAAUGCUUUAGGCGCCCCCUGUGAGUUUCCCUUUAAGUAUGGAGAACAUUGGUACGCUGAGUGCAUCUAUGAUUGGGGACAUCUUGGUUUGCGAUUUUGGUGCGCCACAGUCACAGACUACGACCAAUACGUCAAAUGGGGUUUCUGUCCAACAAAAUCAACAACCGGUUGGGACCGUGAUCCAGACACAGGUGUGUUUUACCAGAGAAACACUGAGUCAGCGCUGACCUGGUAUCAGGCCCGCAAGAGCUGCCAGCAGCAAGACGCUAAUCUACUCAGCAUCACGGAGUUGCACGAACAAUCAUAUAUAUCAGCGUUAACUGAUGCAAGUGGUUCGCCUCUUUGGAUUGGACUAAAUAGUUUGGAUCUUAAAAGUGGCUGGCAAUGGAGCAAUGGAAACCCCUUUAGAUAUCUAAACUGGGCUUCAGGCCACCCAUUGCUGAAGGAUGGCAUGGACUGUGCUGCACUUAAUCCUGGGAAAGCAUCUGAGUGGGAGAGUCUAGCCUGCAGUAGUAAACUGGGCUAUAUCUGCCGCAAGGGAAACUCCACGACUAUUACACCUUCAGUUGAAAAAGAUGAAGCCAGUUUCUGCCCAGCCAAUUGGAUGCUAUAUUCAGGUCACUGCUACUCUGUUUUACGCACUAAGAGGACGUGGGACGAUGCUCUGUCCGCCUGUCUUGCAAAAGGAGCCAACCUGACUAGUAUUCACAAUCUAGAAGAACACAGCUUUAUUAUAUCACAGACUGGAUACUUGCCGACUGAUGAACUAUGGAUAGGUCUAAAUAAUCAGAAGACUCAGAACCUGUUUGAAUGGUCAGACAGAUCCUCUGUCACCUUUGCCAAGUGGGAUGUGGGAGAACCUUCACACAUGGCUAUCCUCAGAGAGCACUGCGUUGUCAUGAAAGGAAAGGAGGGAAAAUGGGCAGAUCAGACAUGUGGGAAGGAGUAUGGCUACAUGUGUAAAAAGAAAGCCUCCACCAAAUCUGAUGGCUCACCUGAGUUAAUCAGUCCUGGAUGUCCUGCUGGGUGGAUCAGGUUCAGCUCCCACUGCUACAGCAUUGCUGUAGAAGCCAAAACCUUCAAUGAGGCCGAAACAGCAUGUGGACAGAGUGCGGCUAACCUAGUUCAAGUCGCAGACAUGUAUGAGAACGCAUUUCUCAUCAGCCACUUUGGCUUGCGACCUGAAAAGUAUCUCUGGAUCGGCCUGUCCAAUACAGAACAUGUAGGAACCUUCGAGUGGACAAAUAAGCAAACUGUCAAAUUUACACAAUUUAAUGUAGGAAUGCCAGAGAGGCACCAGGGCUGUGUUGCCAUGCUAACUGGGACUUCGGCAGGAUUAUGGGAUGUAAUCAGCUGUGACAGGAAAGAGAAGUACAUCUGUAAGAAAUUAGCAGAGGGUGUUACGACAACCAAAGAAUCUCGUGUGUCACAACCUCUCAGUUGUCCCUCUGAGUGGAGAAAAAAGGACCCUGGCAACUGCAUUCGGAUAUAUAUAAAUUCAAACGAGAAUAAGAAAACAUGGACUGAGGCGCGUAAUUACUGCAAAGACAUUGGUGGUGACCUCGCUAGCUUUCAUGAUAAAUCUGAAACCAACAAUUUGCCGUAUAUUGAUGAAUGGACUACAGCAUGGAUUGGCUAUAAUCUGCUGGAUGAUCAUGCUGGCUUUCUCUGGUCAGAUGGAACUUCAUCAAACUAUGAGAACUGGGACUAUGGAGAGCCUAAUAAUCUACUUUCUAGAGAACAUUGUGCAGAAAUCUUCAUGCCUUUUAAUAAGUGGAACGAUGUUAAUUGUGAAACCUACAAUAAUUGGAUCUGUCAGAUACGACUGGGUACAACUCCAAAACCUCCACCUACAAACACACCCCAAGCGGAGGUUACCAUUACAGAUGAUGGCUGGAUCCAGUUCAGUGGUAGUCAGUACUACAUUAAUGAUGAGCAUCUGGAUAUGGAAGAUGCUCGCACAGCUUGCAAGAAGAGUCAUUCUGACCUUGUUGUCAUUACCAGUCAAAGUGAGAGAACGUUUUUAUAUAAAGAGCUUUCAAGAGGAUUACAUGACAUGUACUACAUUGGAUUGACUGUGAGAUUGGAUAAAUCUAUUAGUUGGGCGGAUGGUUCCCCAGUUGUCUAUACAGCAUGGGACUACCAUGAACCAAGCUUUGACACCAGAGAUGAAAACUGUGUUGCCAUGUUCACAUGGACGGGAUUUUGGAAAAAUAUUCCCUGUGCAUGGAGGUUACCGUCAAUCUGUAAAAGAAGCGCUAGCUUUGUCAGCACCACAGCAGCUCCUACCACUGUCCCAGAAGGAGGAUGUAGUUCUGACUGGACUGCUUUCCAGGGAAAAUGUUAUAAAUUUGCAGAGAUAGAUGGAAGCCAAGACAAAUCAUGGCAUGAAGCUCGACAAUACUGCAUCUUCCAAAGUGGCAACCUAGUGUCCAUUCUGAGUCAAGCAGAGCAAGCAUUUCUCACUACUAUGAUGCUCAGCGCACGUAAUGACGUGUGGAUUGGCUUGAAUAAUGUCGCCUCGGAAACGCUCUUCCUUUGGACGGAUGGAACUAGGGUCAGCUUCACAAGUUGGGCGGAGGGUAAUCCAGUGUCGGUUCCAGAUGGACGCAGAGCAUUCGGAGUAGAGUUUGACUGUGUCGUUAUGGUGAAGGGACCAGACCCGAUUACUGGUAUGUGGAAAGUUGAGCAUUGUGAAGAGAAACGAGGUUUUGUUUGUAAGAGAAAUACUGAUCCUCUGGUCGAAGUUCCAGUGACAACAGUGGCACCAGCAUCGUAUUUUAAACUGGGAAAUAAUUUAUAUAAGGUACAGGCUGAGAAGAUGAGCUGGGAUGAAGCGAGGAGGCAGUGCAAAGCGGAUGAUGCUGAUUUAGCUAGUGUGUUAGACUCUGUUACUCAGGCCUUCAUCACUCACUGGACUGUCAACAUGAAAGAGCCUAUUUGGAUUGGCCUCCACAGCAAUGUGACUGAUGGACAAUACCGCUGGAUAGAUAACUGGUUCCUGAACUACACUGGAUGGGCUGUAGGUGAACCACAGAGGGAUCAGGCCUGUGUAUACAUCGACACAGAUGGAACAUGGAAAACCUCAAACUGCAGCACAAGCUACUACUCUCUCUGCAAACGCUCACCAAAACCCCAAGUAGAAGAAGGCUCUCAUGGCUACGCCGGUAUCACUGUAGCAGUUGUGUUGGUGAUUAUUGCUGCAGCAGGACUCGCAGGCUUCCUCUUCUACAAAAGACCAUUUUUGUCAGUCAUCUGGGAGCAUGCAUUUAAUACCGACAUAGAGUUAAGAAACAUAGUUAAUAUAGACAGCUAGGGAGAGGUGACCAACAUGAAACACAUGGGCAAGCAUAACACACAAUGCCUAUAUAAAUUACCUAAAAGAACAACUUUUUAAAUAAUUAAAAUGUUUUGAUGCAUUUUAUAUAUCACCAGUUUGCUUAG